GGGAGAGAGAGCUGCUUUAGUUUCAGAGAAGAAGCACUUUCGCCUCCUUUAACUUGACUGACUGAGUGAGUGAGUGCACACGCUUCCAGGAGGAGCAAGUCAAAGAGCGAGGGGGACGGGUUCAACCAGGUUGGAAUACAGACACGCUCAAGGGGGGGGGGGGGCAAGUGGCAGCAGGCAUGUGGAGCAGGCCGGGGAAGCGAGAGAUUACCGGUCCGUUCCCAGAGCGGCAAGCGUGGGAUCCACGAGACCCCAAGGCCGGAUGGCAGCUGCACCCGAUGGCACCGUCCAUCCGCUGAGGGGCCAGGGAUACGGCAGAGGUGGGGGCUGCGGCGGCGGGGGCCAUGCGGCCGCUCCGGAGGAGCUGCUUCCUCAGGUGGCUGGGGCUGAAGAUCUGCAGGAGGACCACCGUGCUCUUCGCUCUCUUCUGGUUCAUGUUCUGGGCGCUGCUCAACAGCCUGGCGUUCGUGCACAGGAGCAUCUUCUCCGACUUCUGCACGGAUGAGAAGAGCAAGCAGAUCCUCCAGAGGGUGUGUGGUGAAUAUCGAGAGGGAGUCCUGACCGGGGACCUAUGUGAGGACCUGUGUGUCAAUGGAGGGGUGGAGUACAAGCGCUGCCUCUACUACGAGAACGGCAAGAAGGUGAUGGAGGCCGAGUGGCACGGCGUGCCUGUGGUGCUGAAGUCAAAGCUGGAAAACUUUACCUCCUACGAGGGCUUUGGCCCACUGGAGUACCACGAGAGCACCGAACUGUCACCCAUGGAUGUCGUUUUCUAUGCAACACUGGAGAUCAAGAAUUCCAUGGGGCUGGAGGUUAGGAGUACCACAGUUCCCCGGCUGUGGAGCCAACAGAUGAGCCAUGGAAGCCAUCCCUACUCACGGGCCGAGCUGGCCUCCCUCUGGUCCCUCCUCCAGCAGGAGGAAUACACCUUCUUCAAGGUCCUGCAAGACCUCAGCCAGCACGUGGUGAAGGUGCUGGGCUCCUGCGGACACUUUUAUGCAGUGGAGUACCUCAUAGCUGGCCAUGCCUGGAACCAGAACCUGUUUGCACUGGAAGACCUCCUGAGCCUGCCUGAGGCGGAGGGCGACGACUUGACCAGUGAGCCGAGGAGUAAGAGAGAACGGGACAUGGUGCAUCGGAUUGCUCUCAGCUUUCUGGAAAUGGUCCGCCAUUUUGAGAAUGACUUCUCUCAUCAUCUCCACCUAUGUGACAUCAAGCCUGAGAAUUUUGCUAUCAGGAAAGACUUGACGGUUGUCGCCAUUGAUGUAGACAUGGCGUUCUUCGAACCCAAGAUGCGGGACAUCCUGGAGCAGAACUGCACGCAUGAUGAUGACUGCAACUUCUUUGACUGCAUUUCCAAAUGUGACCUCAGACAAAACAAAUGUGGAUCAAAACGGAUUAACAGCAACCUACAGGUGAUCUGUGACAAGAUCUUCAGGCGCUGGUUCUCCCCGACGCUGAUGGGUGAGAGGGCAGGGCUCCCCCUGCAGGUGGAACUACAGCAUGCCGUGCAGGAGUGCGUGGAGACCGCGGGGGGAGAGGAUGCAGCCCGGAGCCAGGCCGUCAUGCUCCGCCUCUCCUCCGUGCUCAGCCGACUCCUCCGGGUUGGAGCUACACAAAGACAGAGCCACUAAUUCCACACUGACCUUUUCAUGUCACCUGACUCAUGGUUUUUUUUUUUUUUUUUUUACUGAAAUCUAGUAAUAUGAAUACUUCAUUAACAAACUUUUAAUUAGCCAUCAAGACUGACAGUAUGCACUUUUUACAGCAACAUCUGGUUUGUAAUUAUGUAGAAUAAGAAAUUAAGAUUUAAAAAAGAUUACAAUGUCAGUAAGAAUUUUAUGUAACCAUCGAUGCUCAAGAAGUGACAUAGUUCAAGAGGUCACAUGUACUUUUUCAGUAAUUAAUGGAGAAAUAUUUCAAAAUUUUUUUGCCUUGGACGGCUACCCAAAAUUCAGAAACUGUGUGCUACUUUUUUGAAAACCUAAGGGUUAGGAUUUUGCCCAGGUAAAGAAGCCAAAAUCUAAAGAUCCUUGUUUUCUCCAACCAGACAGUAGCCUUUGCCAACGUUUUUUUGCACUUGUUCCAACUCACAUUGCUUUCCAGCUUAACAGUAUGUUUUUUAACUGUCAGAGCACCAGGUAGCAGAAACAGUAUAUCAGCACAGCACAACCCUUACAAAACAGCAGAUAAAAACAUGUCUGGGCCCAAACCUUUCAACAUGUUUUUUAUGACCUUUUUUAUUAAUUGAUUCUUAACUAAUUAAGCAAUGCAAUGUAAUAUGCUUCAAAUCUUCUGCAAUGUAAUAUGCUUCAAAUCUUCUGCAAUGUAAUAUGCUUCAAAUAAACUGCAGGAUCCAUGCAGUUCAAAGGAAA